CACACCGAACCUAGUUUCGACUCACUUUGGGAACAAUGGCGUCGGUAGCUAAACCCGAGAAAGAACAACCAGAUAAAAGUGUAAAUAGUAAUGGAACCAAAACAUUUGGCGACAAACCAAAAUGUUUUGCAAUCGAGGAAGGCGGAGAGGCUUACUACAUCGGUUCAGAGGUGGGCAACUUCCUUCGUAUGUUCCGAGGGUCGUUAUACAAGCGAUAUCCAUCAAUGUGGAGGAGACUGGUCACGGUUGAGGAAAGGAAGAAGAUAGCUACCAUGGUUUUCGCAGGGUUCGGUCAGCACUCUCUGGCGACAAACAUCACCUUGCUGAAGGCAGCCGAGGUGGACGAGAUCUUUGAGGGCAACGACGACAAAUACAAAGCUGUCUCCAUCAGUAGCGAACCGUCAUUUACCAGAGAUUCAAAAACAAAGCGCAGUACCUGGGUACCCACAAUUCCAAGCAGUUCGCACCACCUCGAUGCUGUUCCAUGCUCCACCCCCAUCAACAGAAACAGACUUGGCAAAGGCAAAGUGCGGACAUUCCCUCUAUGCUUUGAUGACACAAACCCAGCUACCAUCCACGAGAAUGCUGGCCAAAAUGAAUCUCUUAUCCCUAUCAGACUCGAUAUGGAGUUUGAUGGCCAAAAAUUGAGAGAUUGUUUCACAUGGAAUAAAAAUGAAAAGCUAAUCUCACCAGAACAGUUUGCUGAAGUAUUAUGUGAUGACCUUGACCUUAACCCAAUCAACUUCGUGUCGGCUGUGGCCCAAGCUAUCCGGCAACAGAUCGAGGCAUCGCCCACAGAAACUAUAGUGGAGGACCAGAAGGAUCAAAGAGUUAUACUCAAAUUAAACAUUCAUGUAGGAAAUAUCUCACUAGUGGACCAAUUUGAGUGGGACCUCUCCGAGCCCGAAAACAGUCCAGAGGAGUUCUCCACUAAACUGUGUGCUGAGCUGGGUCUUGGUGGGGAGUUUGUGACAGCGAUCGCAUACAGUAUACGAGGUCAGCUGAGCUGGCAUCAAAGAACUUACGCUUUCAGCGAGGCACCGCUGCCUAUUGUUGAAGUCGCACUCAGGAACCAGAAUGAAGCGGACCAGUGGUGUCCAUUCCUGGAGACACUGACCGAUGCGGAAAUGGAGAAGAAGAUCCGAGAUCAAGACAGAAAUACAAGAGGUAUGCGAAGAUUGGCCAACACAGCACCUUCCUGGUGAAAAGACCUUUAAAGUGUUGACACUGACGAGUUCGGUCUACCGGAGAAGCCAUGGACGUCUUCAGUAUGAGUGUAAUGUAUUUUGCAGGUUCUGAAACGGACAUGGUUCUGCCACUGGCAUUAUGAGGAGUCAACUGCUCAUCUGAUCACAACAUUGUGAGGGUAGUGGAAUAUCUAAUGGGUGGGAAGGUAGUGGAGGGGAGGUUUCUAACGAACAGGAGGGUCAGGUGGAUUUCUGACAGGUGGGAGGGUGUGGGGUUGGAUCUCAAAUUGGUAGGCAUUUGAGGGGUGGAUAUUUAAUGGGUAUGAAGGAGGGGACGUUGAAAUUAAUUUAUGGACCGUGGGCUUGGGUUGGAGUGAAGGAGGUGGUGGAAGGAUCUAAUCCAGUUUAGUAUUUCAGUAUUAGAAUUUAGUGUAAUCAUAUGGAAUUUUCUGAAGCCAGUUUGUAUUUAUUGGGGAUGUAUGGUUGUGGAUUGGUUUUGUGGAGGGACUGGGACUCUAUGAUCAAGAGCGGAUUUGGUUCUUCAGGUAAGAAAUUCAAAAUAGAGCUGGGGUGGUGAUUUAUUUGGUUGACUGAGGGUUGGUGAGGUGGGUAGGUAGGUAGAGACCCUAAGACCUGGAAUCUGUCAUGGAUUACCCCCAGUGGACCUUGUCAGAUGGGCAGUGGGGUAGCCUAGUGGUUAAUGCGUUCGCUCAUCAAGCCGAAGACCCAGGUUUGAUUCCCCACAUGGGUACAAUGUGUAAAGCCCAUUUCUAGUGUUGCCCACCAUGAUAUUGCUGGAAUAUUGCUAACGGCAGUGUAAAACCAUACUCACUCACUCAUAAUCACUUAACAGAUGAUUGAAUAGAUUUAUACUGUUACCAUCAUGUGCAAACCUAGAUUUAUAUAACUCUUUUCAACACUAUGAAUACAUGUUAUGUUAUCCAAGGGAAUUUCAGGUAUAGAAGUGUACUUUUAAGUAUGUAACUGUUAACAUGUUGCUGAUCAAAAUGGAUCUUCCAGAAGUGGAAUAUUUAAAACAGGUCUCAUGGAUACUGAUUAUCUAAUAUUGAGAUGUGAAGAUAGUUAUUAUGAGGGAGGGAGAACAGUGUAACACAUCAUAGUUGAUGAUGGACGAAGACGAAGACAGUGUUGUGUAUCAUAGGACGCUGGGCUCUGGAUUUCUACAGCUAAAACUGCCACGUCACCCUGUAUU